AUGGCGGCGACGCCAACCAAAGCAGAUAGCCUGGUUGAGCGCAAACCCUCUGCGGAUAUUAACCACGAGAAACUUGUGGAUAAGGGCGGAGAGAUGGAUAAGUGCGUCAAGGAAGCUUCUAUUCAUGAAGUGCCUCUGACGAAUUAUGAUGACGCCGAAGCUCUUUCCAAAGAGAAACAAGGCCCUCUUGCAACCGCGGAGGAGAUCAUCACUCAUGUAAUUCAUGUUGACGAUGACCCAACACUCAAUCCAUGGACCUUUCGCAUGUUCUUCAUCGGUAUUGGAUUGUCCGCAUUCGGAGCGGUCCUGCAAGAAAUCAUGUACUUCAAGCCCCAGGUUGUUUACGUCUCGGUCAUGUUCUUGACUGUUCUUGCUCAAACUAUGGGUACGGCUAUGUCUACAUUCAUCCCACGAAAAGGGGCCAUUGGCCGUUUCCUCAACCCUUUUCCGUGGAACCGAAAGGAGCACACUGCGGCAGUCCUCAUGGCAUCGGCGGCAUCCGUCUCGGCCUUGUCAACAGAAGCUCUAUCUGUACAAAAGCUCUGGUACGGGGGAUAUCCUAAUCAGGUUGCGGGAAUCUUCAUUACUCUUUCUUCACAACUCAUUGGGUAUGGCAUUGCAGGCAUGAUGCGAACUGUUUUGGUGUACCCCACCUCAAUGCUGUAUCCCAUCAAUCUACCCAUCACGACUGUCAUGGAGACCUUGCACAAGCCUAAAGCGGAGACCAAGCAGAGGUUCAAAAUAUUUUGGCUCGUAUUUGCGGCAAUCUUUUGCUGGGAGUGGUUCCCCGAGUACAUCUUCCCACUUUUGUCUGCGGUUUCAGUUUUCUGCUUGAUCGACCGUAACAAUCUCGUCUUCACAAACCUGUUCGGAGGCUCUCAGGGUAAUGAGGGCAUGGGAUUUCUGUCAGUCUGCUUUGACUGGAAUUACAUCGCCGGGUUCGGAUCACCACUUUGGAUGCCGCUUCAAACUUUGACCAACAGUUUCAUCGGUUAUAUGGGAGGUAUUAUCCUCUCCAUGGCGCUUUACUACGGAAACGUUUGGAGAGCCAUGGAUUUCCCUUUCAUGUCUCAGCUUCUCUAUGACCAGAGCUCAAACACGACCAAUUAUGUCCCAUACAAUGAGAUUGCAAUCUUGAACCCAGACUUCACUGUCAACAGCACUCUGUUAGAGCAGGCUGGAACACCUUAUCUUACCGCGACAUACGUGAACUAUCUCAUCACAUCCAACGUUGGGCUCACAGCCACGAUUGUUCACAUGUUGCUCUGGAAUUACGCAGAAGUUAGUCUUGGAUGGGCUUGGAUGACACUGAGCAACUUAAAGAAGCUUUUGGAUCCUUCCCUUUAUAAGUUCUGGCGGCACACCGGUGUUCGAAGUGAGCAAGAGAAGGAACGGCUUCGUGAGGACCCUUCUAUUGACCCUCAUUAUAAGUUAAUGCUUGACUACGAUGAAGUCCCAAGCAGUUGGUAUUUCUGUGUUUUCCUCGUCAGCUGGAUCACUGGUCUUACAUGCUUAUACGUUAUGAAGUCCACCCUUCCCUGGUGGGGCUUUAUUAUAGCGACCCUCUUUCUUGCCACCUUUAUGAUCUUCUUUGGGGCACAGUAUGCAAUUACGGGCUUUGGAUACAACUUGCAGCCGAUUUUCCAAAUGUUUGCUGGUUACAUGAUGCCCGGACGUCCCUUGGCCAACAUGUACUUCACCACAUACACCUACAACGGUCUUGGACAAGGAUUCCUGCUUCUCCGUGAUCUGAAACUGGCUCAACAGAACAAACUGUCACCGAAAGCUACGUUUGUCACUCAAGUUGUCGGUUGCAUCAUGGGCGCCCUUCUCAACUAUGUCAUGAUGAUAACUAUCGUCGAAAAUCAAGCGACUAUCCUCAAGUCCGCCGAAGGAACGAACAUUUGGUCCGGUGCCCAGAUCCAGCAGUUCAACACUCUCGCCAUUGCUUGGUCUAUUGCUCCCAAGAUGUUUUCCAUUGGCGCUCGCUAUCAAUGGGUCACAGUAGCUUACUUGGUCGGUUUCCUUGCUCCAUUGCCCUUCUAUAUCAUGCACCGUUACUUUCCGCACCAGCGAUUUUGGUCAUACAUCAAUACAGCCAUUAUUUUAUGGUAUCUGGGAGAACUCUUUGUUGGCCUGAAUGCUUCUCUCACCAGCUACUACAUUCUGGGGGCUUUUGGUCAAUUUUAUCUGCGACGUUACCGACCGCAAUGGUUUGUGAAGUGGAAUUACCUUAUCUCCGCUGCACUAGACGGUGGCACACAAGUGAUGGUGUUUUUGGCCACAUUUGCAGUUUUCGGUGGCUCUGGAAAUUCAGUUCCUUUCCCGGCGUGGGCAGGGAAUCGUGUUAACAAUUAUGACUAUUGCGCAUACAACGCUCUGGGUUGA